CCUCUUUUGUGUUUCUGCAGUUUGCAGAACCAAAAUUAAAAAAGCGUUCUUGGUUUCACGGCGAGAGAGUGAGAGAGACAAGUCGAGCUUAAAGUUGCCGCCUUUAGUUUCCAAUUGGGUUUCUGAGGAAAUCCCAGAAGCUACAAUGGCGAAGCGGGAGCUUUCCAGCACUCUGAGGAACUUAAAGUUCAUGCAAAGGGCAACUCAGAGAGAGGAGAUGGUGAAGAAAGAAGAAGAAGAAGAAGAAGUCAAACCUGAUGGGGGUUUUAGCUCUGCUGCUACCCAACUAAGAAAGUGUGUGGUCGUAAUGGAAGGUGACCCCAGUCCGGGAGCAAUUAAAGGGCGAAUUUCAUUUAACGGUUUCAAUCCAUUAAUUGAUAAACUGAAUAACCCUGGUCAGCCAGCAGCCUCUGCGUCUUCUUCUGGCAUCCAAAGUGAAAGAGUGUCAACUAGAGAAAGUGGGUCCUCAAUGGACGAAGCAGAGUGCUCAAAUAUUGACAACUCAAACUGUGAGCCUAAUGGAGACCAUAAAAGAAAACAGUCUCAAGUAUUGUCUGAAACACAAUAUCCGAAUAAAUCGCCCAAAAAUGAUCAAGGUCAGUCAUCAUCAAAUAAAAGUAAAGGCUCCUUCAAGAAACCAAAGGGUGGAAAGCUGGACUACAACAUUCUUAGGCCAUCAAAGAGUCAAACCAAAAAAGGUAGACCAUAACUAGGUGAUUGCACUUAGACUGUUUUGAAUUGCUUUCAGAUGCUUUCAUUUGUAUCUGUAAUCUCGUUGACAAUUUACUAAAGCUCAGUAUCAGAACAUAUUCAACUUUGGUAUC